UCGGCGCUCUGAGGCGCGGGGCGCGGCGGGCGCAGGGCUCAUGUAAUCAAAGAAGUUUCUUUGUUGUGUGUAUCUUUACAGAACACAACAGGAAUUGAAAAUGAAUCAGAACACUGCCGAGCCUGUGGCAGCCGCAGAGUCGCUGGCCGAGGUGCCUGAACAUGUGCUGCGAGGACUUCCCGAGGAAGUGAGGCUCUGCCCGUCUGCCGUGGACAAGACCCGGAUUGGUGUCUGGGCCACUAAACCAAUUUUAAAAGGCAAAAAGUUUGGGCCAUUUGUUGGCGAUAAGAAAAAAAGAUCUCAGGUGAAGAAUAAUGUAUACAUGUGGGAGGUGUAUUAUCCGAACCUGGGAUGGAUGUGCAUCGACGCCACCGACCCGGAGAAGGGCAACUGGCUGCGCUACGUGAACUGGGCUUGCUCGGGAGCAGAGCAGAACUUGUUUCCGCUGGAGAUCAACAGAGCCAUCUACUACAAGACGUUGAAGCCAAUCGCGCCGGGCGAGGAGCUGCUGGUCUGGUACAAUGGGGAAGACAACCCCGAGAUAGCAGCUGCGAUUGAGGAAGAGCGAGCCAGCGCCCGGAGCAAGCGGAGCUCCCCGAAGAGCCGCAAAGGGAAGAAAAAGUCCCAGGAAAAUAAAAACAAAGGGAACAAAGCCCAAGACACACAGCUGAAGAGUAGUGAGCCGGACCCCAGCUCUGCAAGCAUGAGAGAUUCUGCAGAAGGGCCUAAAGAGGAGGAAGAGAAGCCGUCGGCCUCCGUGCUCGAGCCCCCAGCUGUCCUCGUGGAGGUGGCGUGUCACGAUGCGCUUCCAGAGCGGACCGGCCCUGCCCCUGCCCGGGAGCCGCAGCCAGAGCCAGACGGGAAACUAGAAGCCACAAAUUGUGAUGUGCAGGAUUUGGAAGAAGAGGAGGAGGAGGAGGAGGAGGAGGAAGAGGAGGAGGAGGAGCUAGAGGAAGAGGGGGAGGAAGAAGCUGACAUGCCAAAUGACAGUUCUGGGCAGGAGCCAGAGAUACGGUGUGAUGAGAAGCCGGAAGAUUUGUUAGAUGAACCAAAAAACAGUUCAGCAGAAACUCUUGAAGACUCUCCAGAGGCAACGCCCGUGAGCAGCACCCCCAGAACUAGAGAAGAGGCCAAUGGUGACGUGCUGGAAGUGUUCAUGUUUCCAUGCCAGCACUGCGAGAGGAAGUUCACGACCAAGCAGGGCCUCGAGCGGCACAUGCACAUCCACUUGGCCACGGUCAGCCACGCCUUCAAGUGCAAGUACUGUGGGAAAGCCUUCGGCACGCAGAUCAACAGGCGGCGGCACGAGCGUCGCCACGAGGCAGGGCUCAAGCGGAAGCCCAGCCUGACGCCACAGCCGCUGGAGGAGCUGGCUGAUGGCAGAGGGUCCGGAGACGGUGCUGCUCCCGCGGACGAGGCGCCUCCUCCCCGCCUGGGGCAGGACUGUCCCGUCUUGAACUCAGAAAAAGCUGCCCAAGAAACAGCGAACUCUUCUGUAGCGGAAGAGAACGGGGAAGUUAAAGAACUGCAUCCAUGCAAAUACUGUAAGAAGGUUUUCGGAACUCACACCAACAUGAGGCGGCAUCAGCGUCGGGUGCACGAGCGCCACCUGAUUCCCAAAGGCGUGCGGCGGAAAGGGGGCCAGGAGGAGCCACAGCCUCCGGCCGAGCAGGCCCCGCCCACGCCCAGCGUCUACGUGCCCAGCACAGAGCCCGAGGAGGACGGGGAGGCGGAUGACGUGUACAUCAUGGAUGUCUCCAGCAAUAUCUCUGAGAACUUGAACUACUACAUCGAUGGUAAGAUCCAGACCAGCAACAGCACUAGCAACUGUGACGUGAUCGAGAUGGAGUCGAACUCGGCAGAGCUGUACGGUAUAAACUGCCUGCUCACGCCCGUCACGGUGGAGAUCACGCAGAGCAUAAAGCCCACGCAGGUCCCCGUGACGGAUGAUCUUUCUAAAGAGCCGUCCAGCAGCACGGCCUGUGAGGCCAAGAAGCGGAGGACCGCGAGUCCUCCGGUGCUACCCAAGAUCAAAGCCGAGACGGACGCCGAGCCCGUGGCCCCCUCGUGCUCCCUGACGCUGCCCCUCAGCGUGGCAACCGCGGAGACGGCGGCGGUGUCCUUCCAUAAAGAGAGGAGCGUGUACCUGUCGUCCAAGCUCAAGCAGCUGCUGCAGACGCAGGAGAAGCUGGCUCCUCCCGCCGGGAUUUCAGCCACAGAAAUCCCCAAAUUAGGCCCCAUCUGUGUGUCUGCCCCCGCGUCCAUGCUGCCCGUGAGCGCGAGUAGGUUUAAGAGGCGGACCAGCUCUCCUCCCAGUUCCCCACAGCACAGCCCGGCCCUUCGAGACUUCGGAAAGCCGGGCGAUGGCAAAGCCGUGUGGCCGGACGCCGUUCUGACGUCCAAGAAGUCCAAGCUAGAAGGUCGCAGCGACUCCCCGGCGUGGAGUUUGUCUGGGAGAGAGGAGAGAGAAGCCGGGAGCCCCCCGGGCCUUGAUGAGUACAGGAUCCCCAAGGAGUGGGCGGCCAGCUCCACUUUCAGCAACGUGUGCAACCAGCAGCCACUGGACUUGUCCAGUGGCGUCAAACAGAAGGCCGAUGGGGCGGGCAGGGCCCCAGUGCCGUGGGAAUCGGUGUUAGACCUCAGUGUGCAUAAAAAGCCUGGCAGUGACCCCGAAGGCAAGGAAUCCAAAGAAAAUCACGUGGUGCAGCCCACAUGCAGCGCCGCCCGGAAGAAGAAGCCCACCACCCGCAUGCUGCAGAGGGUCCUCCUCAACGAGUACAGUGGCAGUGACGCACCGGCAGACGGUGCCGCCGCCGCCGCCAGGAGCCCAAGUCCCUGCAGAUCCCUCGGUGCCCAGCCAGACCCCGACCUCGGCCCUGACUCUGGCUUCUCUGCCCCUCCUGUUGAGCCCCCGCCUGACGUUUGUCCGUCGUCGCCGGCCCUGCAGGCGUCCUCCCUGCCCUCGAGUCAGCUGCCACCUCUCCUGACGCCCACAGCCCCCUCGUCCCCUCCAGCCUGUCCUCCCGUGUUAACCAUCGCCACCCCGCCCCCUCCCCUCCUUCCCACCGCCCCCCUCCCAGCCGCCCCUCCCAGUGCAUCUCCUCAUCCGUGCCCCUCUCCACUCUCGAGCGCCACCACACAGUCUCCACUGCCUGUCCUGUCCCCGACAGUGUCGCCCUCGCCUUCCCCCGUCCCCCCCGCGGGGCCUCUCACGUCUGCCGCGUCACCCGGGCCUCCCACGCUCUCCUCUUCCUCCUCUUCCUCCUCAUCCUUCUCUUCCUCGCCUUCCUCCUCCUCCUCUUCCCCUUCCCCUCCACCUCUCUCGGCCGUGUCGUCUGUUGUCUCCUCUGGUGACAACCUGGAGGCCUCUCUCCCCCUGGUAACUUUCAAACAGGAGGACCUGGAGGGUGCAGGUCCAAAACCCAGGGAAGAGCCGCAGGCCGCCCCGGAGCAGACAUUCAACAAGAACUUUGUCUGCAAUGUCUGUGGAUCGCCUUUUCUCUCCAUUAAGGACCUCACCAAACAUUUAUCUGUCCAUGCUGAAGAGUGGCCCUUCAAAUGUGAAUUCUGUGUGCAGCUUUUUAAGGAUAAAUCAGAUCUGUCCGAGCACCGCUUCCUGCUCCACGGAGUUGGGAAUAUCUUUGUGUGUUCCGUUUGUAAAAAGGAGUUUGCGUUCUUGUGCAAUUUGCAACAGCACCAGCGGGACCUGCACCCGGAUGAGGUGUGCACGCACCACGAGUUUGCAAGUGGGACCCUGCGGCCGCACAACUUCACGGACCCCAGCAAGGCCCACGCGGAGCACAUGCGGAGCCUGCCCGAGGAGCCCUCGGCCGCCGCCAAGGAGGAGGAGGAGCUGAAUGAUUCCUCUGAGGAGCUGUACACCACCAUAAAGAUCAUGGCCUCUGGGAUCAAGACAAAGGACCCCGACGUGCGGCUGGGCCUCAACCAGCACUACCCCAGCUUCAAGCCGCCUCCCUUCCAGUACCACCACCGCAACCCCAUGGGCAUCGGCGUGACGGCCACCAACUUCACCACGCACAACAUCCCGCAGACGUUCACCACGGCCAUCCGCUGCACCAAGUGUGGCAAAGGCGUCGACAACAUGCCCGAGCUGCACAAGCACAUCCUGGCCUGUGCCUCUGCGAGUGACAGGAAGCGGUACACCCCGAAGAAGAACCCCGUGCCCUUGAAACAGACCGUGCAGCCCAAGAACGGUGUGGUCGUGUUGGACCACCCGGGGAAAAAUGCCUUCCGGCGCAUGGGGCAGCCCAAGAGGCUGAACUUCAGCGUGGAGCUCAGCAAGGCGGCCUCGAGCAAGCUCACGCUGAACGCGCUGAAGAGGAAGAACCAGCUGGUGCAGAAAGCCAUCUUGCAGAAGAACAAGUCGGCCCGGCAGAAGGCCGGCCUGGGGGGCGCCGCCGAGCCCGCCGCCCACGUGUGCCCCCACUGCAGCCGCGAGUUCACCUACGUCGGAAGCCUGAACAAGCACGCCGCCUUCAGCUGCCCCAAAAAACCCCUCUCUCCCUCCAAAAAAAAAGCUUCCCAUGCCUCCAAGAAAGGUGGCCACUCGUCCCCCGCAGGGGCUGACAAGGGCGGCGGCAGCCACCGGCGACGGACGGCGGACACCGAGAUCAAGAUGCAGAGCACGCAGGCGCCUCUGGGCAAGACGCGCGCUCGCAGCUCGGGGCCCGCCCAGGUGCCGCUGCCCUCCUCGUCCUUCCGGGCCAAGCAGAACGUCAAGUUCGCCACUUCUGUGAAGUCCAAGAAGCCGACCUCCUCAUCUUUAAGGAACUCCAGCCCGAUAAGGAUGGCUAAAAUAAGCCACGUGGAAGCCAGAAAACCCAGGGCCGUGGCCAAGAAUCACUCUGCUCAGCUCUCCGGCAAGGCGUCCCGCAGCCUGCACGCGAGGGCGCAGAAAAGCAAAGCUGUGCUGCAAAGCGAAUCCGCCCUGGCGAGCAAGAAAAGAACAGACCGCUUCGCCGUGAAGUGCAGAGAGCGGAGCGGGGGGCCCAUCACCAGGAGCCUGCAGCUGGCCGCUGCCGCCGACUCCGGUGACGGCAGGAGAGAGGACGGCAGCGCCAGGCAGGAGCUGAAGGACUUCAGUUACAGCCUCCGCGUGGCGUCGCGGUGCGCCCCCGCCGCGGCCCCGUACAUCACCAGGCAGUGUAGGAAGCUCAAGGCCCCGGCUGCAGCCCAGCUCCAGGGACCCUUCUUCAAGGAUUAGCGCUGCACCUGUGCCCUGACAGCACCGGAAGUGACUUGGAAUCAGUGAAGCCAAAGGGACCGGCAGGCUGCCCUGCAGGGAGUACCGACCUACCCCAGCUGUGCGUGUGCGUGUGCUGUGGUCUCUGUGCUGACCGCUCAGCUGUGCGUGCGUGCGUGGGUGCAUGGGUGCGUGGUCUUCGAAGGGUCCUGAGCCCGGGGAGGCAGGGAGGUGACCAGCCUCUAGGGAGACCCCGGGACUGUGGCUGCAGCUCUGCCUCCCGUCAGGGCGGGGCCUCUCCUACUAUGCAAUUUUUCAAGAGCUCCUUGACCUUGUUUUUUGCUUCUCAAGUUAUGUUUCGCCACUGCAGGGACUCCGGUCCGGCCCUGGGGGUCAGCUCCGGUCCCGUCCCAGGAAGACCUCCCGACCUUUCCAAGGAGGCCAAUCCCCAGGGCCCCCUCCCUCUCCCUGCAGCACCCACGGGAGGCAGCACGCCACUUAGGCCGAGUGCACACCCUUGGUCUGAGCCCUUGGAAAACCCCGUCUGCUGCCCAAGCAACCCGAGCUGCUGGCUCUUGGGUCAUUUCCAGAUUUGAAGUUCCAGUCGGUUCCUCGCUCUUGAAUCUUUGCAGAGAACCCCUAAACGAGCAGGUGCAUCCGCGAACAAAAUCUCAUUGCCGUUCACCUUGGCGGGGGGAGGGCAUCUCCUGGGCCAUCGCUUGCCCAUCUGGGUUGGACACCUGUGAGUGAGCUUUGGAAAGCAACCGCAAAGGGAAGCAGCUAGAACAUCAGGGAAAUGAGAAACUUGGGAGGACUCAAAGCACAGGGGGAGGAAGAUGGUGGCCACGUGUGGCCUGCCUGGGAGGGACAGGCGGGGCCCUGCGUGUCUGGGAGACACAGGUGCGCUGAGUUCGGAUCCAGUGCAGUGAGGUCCGUGGGUUUUGUGCCUUUGGGGCAGACCCCAGCGAGGAUGUCCGAGACCACUUUGGGGCUGUCUUCUCAGUGCCGUCCUCGGUGACUUACGAAGCCCGGCGUGGGAGGAGGGGACUCGGGGCGGGCGGGGCAGGAGUUCCUGAGUGUGGAAGGGAUGCUUUUCUUUCAGGGCUACUACGGUUGAUCCCACAACUCUGUAAAUAUGUACGUAGACAACUUUUCAAAGCACGUAUUUAUGUCCCCCACUGUAAAUGCCCCCUUUAUAAAGUUUUAUAACUUGUGUUAUUUAAUGAAUCGGUCGACUGGCUGCAGAGUGGGGUCUGUCAUGGUCCAGGACAAGGGACUUGUGGGAUCCCCACGUGGGCAGAGAGGUGCACGCGUCUUUGGCCGGCGUCGCCGUCUUCCUGGGCCCUGCUCCGCUCAGAACCGCUGUUGGUUUUUCUGUCACAAACUGGAAUUGCUGGGCCCACUGUUCCCGUCCACCUCGCAGGCAUGGAAGGUGCUGGCCGCUCCUUCCCCUCACCAUCCGAUUCCAUGCCGGACACGUCCACCCUCUGUGUCCUGGAAGGCGUCUCCCCUUUCAGCACUAAGGAAAGCUCCCGGACCCAAAGCCUUCCGGGGUCACCUUUGUUUGGCCAGAGGUGAACCCAGGAAGAUGGCGCUGGGGGCACUGUGUCCUGCGUGUGCAGGCGUGGUGGCCGCCCUCGCCCCCGGCCCAGGAGCUCCGUGUGGCUGGUGACAGUGGGGUGGGGUGAGGGGAUUGCGGGAGAAGACGGUGCUCGCUGUGUCUGCCAUAUGAAGAGAUGAACAAUAAAAGCGUGGAGAGAGAC